CACGAUUCUGUCCAGGAAGAACUUUCUUUAAAUCUAUUUACUCACAAAUCACUGUCGGAGUCUCUUCCUGUGACAAACUGUGGAGUUUCACUGCUCUCUUAUCAGCGUCCACAUUAACGUAGACACAAAGUCCAACAAACUGAUAUCAGGGUCAGAGGUCACCGCUGCAGACCUGACUCUGCUGAAGGGACAGACGCGGUUAAGACGACUCAGAGGGGAAAAAAAUCUGCCAGAGAGGAACCAGGAUUUGAGAGAACGUGACAGGAAGAAUUGCACAAUCAGUCGUGGAUAAAGAGUGAGUGACGACUGGCUGACAGAAUAUUCAACAACCUUCAAGGAGUAGUUUAAGGAGAUAAGGAUUCAGGAAACGGCAGAGUUACAAACUGAAUCUUGGUAACAGCUACAGUUGAAUCGAACAUGGCCGUCAGUUCCCCGAAAGACAAGUAUUUUGGAGUCUGGCUGAUUUUCUUCAUGCUCGGUUUGGGGACGCUGCUACCGUGGAACUUCUUCAUGACUGCAACCAUGUAUUUCACCAGUCGCCUGAAAAAUGCAACGCACCUGGAAGAACCGACCAAUUGGACGGCGGCGGGAGCUGAACAUCGCAGCGUGCUGGAGGCUAAAUUUAAUAGCGUGAUGACAUUGUGCGCCAUGCUGCCCCUGCUGGUCUUUACCUGCCUCAACUCCUUCCUUCUCUCACUUGUUCCUCAGCGUGUGCGUGUCAUGGGCAGUUUACUCAUCAUCAUGUUGGUCUUCAUCGCCACUGCCGCCCUGGUCAAAGUUCAGCUGGAGCCCCUGCCGUUCUUCAUCAUCACCAUGGUGAAGAUCGUCGUCAUCAACUCCUUCGGGGCGGUGCUGCAGGGCAGCCUCUUCGGGAUGGCCGGUUCGAUGCCGGGGUCGUACACGACUCCUAUCAUGAGUGGUCAAGGACUGGCUGGGACCUUCGCCGCCUUUGCCAUGAUCUGUGCCAUUGCAAGUGGAUCAGAACUUCAUGACGCAGCCUUUGGUUACUUCAUCACAGCCUGUGCCGUCAUAUCUCUGACCAUCUUCUCCUACAUCCUGUUGCCCAGAUUGGAGUUUUUUCAGUUUCAUCAGAACAAGAAAAUGAAGCAGACGACAAACGAGGACGUGGACAAGUCUGUCCACCUGAAGGCGACAGACGAUGAAGAAGCCGACAAGGAGAAACCGAACGUCUCCGUCAGGACGAUAUUCAUGAAGAUCUGGCCAUUGGCUCUUUCUGUCUGCUUCACCUUCACUGUCACCAUAGGCACGUUUCCGGCCAUAACAGCCGACACCAAGUCCACGCUGGCUCAAGGUCAAGCCUGGGAUGUGUACUUCAUCCCCGUCAGCUGCUUCCUUCUCUUUAACCUGUGUGACUGGGGUGGGCGGAGCCUAACAGCUGUGUGUAUGUGGCCAAAGCAGGACAGCCGGUUUCUUCCUCUGCUCAUCCUGUGCCGUGUGGCUUUUGUGCCGCUCUUCAUGUUGUGCAACGUGGAACCUCGUGCUCACCUGCCGGUCUUUUUCCACCACGACGCCUUCUUCAUUGCCUUCAUGCUCCUCUUCGCCUUCUCCAACGGAUACCUGGCCUCACUCUGCAUGUGCUACGGCCCCAGGAACGUUCUUCCUCAUGAGGCGGAGACGGCCGGAGCUGUCAUGGCGUUCUUUCUGUCUCUGGGUUUGGCGUUGGGAGCUGCGCUGUCUUUCAUCUUUAGAUCACUGGUUUGACGAAAAUGUUUUUUUAAAUAAAGAUGUUUAUAAUAGAAACAUGGACUAAUAUUUAUAAAGAAAGGGAACAGUUAAUAAAUAAAAUAAAUUAAAUUUAAAACUC